UUCUCUUCUAACCACUUGUGUACACACUUGCUACAUUUUAAAUUGUAGAUUUGUUUCUACUCACAUCUUCACCAAACUCUUUUCAUUUUAUAGUGACAUAAGCUAUUCUUCUCCUUCUACUUGCUUUGUAUAUUUCCAAACUCUUUUUCCCAUCUUUCUCAUCUUCUCCAUAUUUGAGCAAAAGAAUCCCCAAAGUUCAUAACUUUCUUGGAAAAAAAAAUGGAGACUCCCCCACCUCCACAUUCUCAAUUCAUUUUCCAUAUCUUCACUCUCCUCUUCUUGAUUUCACUCAACCACCAUUAUUCUCAAGCUAUGGCCAAAGACCAAACUUCUUGCACAAUGUGCUCUUCUUGUGACAAUCCUUGUCAGCCAAUUUCACCCCCACCACCCCCUCCUCAAAUUAUUUCACCCCCACCCUCUUCAUCUGGCUAUAUUUGUCCACCCCCGCCACCGGCUUAUGUGUCACCCCCAAACAAUAGUGAGGGCAACAGUGAUGGCGGGGGCAGUGGAAAUGGUGGCGGAUAUCCACCACCGACCAAUAACCCUUCUGGGUAUCCAACUCCACCACCCCCGAAUCCAAUUGUACCAUAUUUCCCUUUCUAUUUUCACAGCCCACCACCACCUACCUCCAAAUCCAUUCAUCAGUUAAAAAGACACUCUUUAGUCACUUAUCUUACUUUUGGUGUUGCAAUUUUCUUCUUCCUUUAAUUUUGACCCUCAAUACAAGAUUCAGUGUCAGAAUUAACUGUAGUAUAAUUUCUUUAUAUGAAAUUGAAGUUUAUAUUUUUCAGGUUUACUCAAUGUGCAGAUAUCAAGAAAGAAAGGGUUAAGAGAUAGAGCAGAUGAACAAGAAGUAGUGGAGUAGUAAUAAUUUUGAGGGUCCCAAUUAUUUCCAUAAAAAAGAAUGGAUCUUGAUUGAUGAAAAAGCUGUUAUUAUUACUACUACUUUGUUUCCAACUUUUGGUGCUGUAAAAAUAAACUGACUGAGAAUUAUUACUAGUGAGGCACAUUUUCAUUGUUGUAUACAUGUAUUCACCAUGUUCUACAAUGAAUCUAAGGAUGGAGUAAUAACUUUCUAUUUA